GAAUAUCCAAAAAAGAAAAACAUAAACAAAGAAGUGAAAGUGAAACCAAACACCAUUCAAUACCAAAUAACCCCACAAGUUUGUCUCUUCAAUACCUCAAUCACAUUUGGACAGCUUCACAAAUCACAAGUAAAACCCAUCAAGCAAGCAUUAUAGUGUUUUUUCUCUACUGAGAAAAUGAAGUGCUGGCUUCUGGCUUUUAUGCUUCUGCAUAUAAUCCCCACAGAAGCUGGAUUUGGUGUUGGUGGUGGUGUUGGAGUCAAUGUUGGCCCUGUUGGCGUUGGUGGUGGUGGCAGUGUUUGGAUUGGUGGAGGCAUCAAUGGCCAAAAUCCCCCAUCUGGGUCUUCCUCCUCAGACCUUGGCAGAGCGUACACUGCUCUCCAAGCAUGGAAAUCAGCAAUCUCUGAUGACCCAACCAAGGUUUUGGACACUUGGGUUGGCCCAGAUGUGUGUUCUUACAAAGGAGUCUUCUGUGCAGAUUCUGAGGAUGGCCAAACUAUUGUGGCUGGAAUAGAUCUCAACCAUGCCAAUCUCAAAGGCAUUCUUGUCAAAGAGCUCUCCUUUCUGACUGAAAUGUCCCUGAUCCAUCUCAACAGCAACAGAUUUUCAGGCACAAUUCCUGACACUUUCAGAGACCUCAACUCUCUCCAAGAGCUUGACCUCAGUAACAACCAAUUCUCAGGCCCCUUCCCCACCACCACAUUAUACAUUCCCAACCUCAUUUACCUUGACCUCAGAUUCAACAACUUCACUGGUUCAAUUCCUGAUGAGCUCUUCAACAAAAACCUAGAUGCAAUUUUUCUCAACAACAACCAAUUUGAAGGUGAGCUGCCUCAGAGUUUGGGGAAUGCACAAGCUUCUGUCAUCAAUUUAGCUAAUAACAAGUUCAGUGGCAACUUCCCAAGUAACUUUGGGUUCAUUGGCACCAAAUUGAAGGAGAUUUUGUUCCUCAAUAAUCAACUAACUGGUUGCAUCCCUGAGGGAGUUGGCCUUUUCUCUGAGAUCCAAGUCUUUGAUGUGAGCUUCAACUCUCUGAUGGGCCAUUUGCCAGACACAAUCUCUUGCCUCCAAGAAAUUGAAGUACUCAACUUGGCACACAACAAGCUCUCUGGGGUUUUGCCAGACCUUGUUUGCUCUCUGAAAAGCCUGGUCAAUCUGACUGUUGCUUAUAAUUUCUUUUCUGGGUUCAGCCAGGAAUGUGCCAAAUUGUAUUACAGGAAUGUGGGGUUUGAUUUCUCAUUGAAUUGCAUUCCUGGGAAGAACAUGCAGAGACCUCAGCCUCAGUGUUCUUUGAUUCCUGGAGGUGGGUUAAAUUGUCUGAGAAUUCCUGGUGCAAAGCCUCUUGUUUGUGGCUCAGUCCUACCAAGCUCAUCAUCAUCAUCAUCAUCUCCAUGAAAAUUUGCAAUCAGUCAUUGUACAAGAGGUUGGUGAGUGGUUGUUUAUGUAUUAAUUAUCAUUCAGAGCUUCUCUUAAUUUAGUUUCUUUGUUAACUCCUACCUGAAUCUGGAAAAGAAGUUUUCCAGGAAAUGUUUUGAUGAUUAGCAAUAGAAGAAUUAUUAGUAAAAUUAAACAAAUAUAAAAAUUGGUUUCA